AUGGGUACUCUGUUCAGAAAAGGAACAAGAUCCAUGAGUGAUUUAAUUGUAGCUCAUGUAAUUGAAUCUGUAACCGUUCAAGAACUGAAAUUGUUCACAAAACUCAUUUACAGGUCCAAAAUCAGCUCAAAAUCCGACAUUUUGUUCGUUUUCCCGAAAAAAUCCGUUCUUUUUGAAAACACCAUUGUUGAAGAAAACACCUCGUUCUUCAAACUCAUCAAUGGCUACGAAUACAAUUCUACCACUUUCAACUCGACCCAUAAUAAAGCGAAUGCAAGUGAAGAACCCAUCUGGGGUCGCAAAAAACAGAGCAAUUUCAUUGAAGAAGACAACAACAGUACUGAGUCAAUUCAAUUGAGUUAUGGGUCAGUUAUCGGGUUUUACGCCGAUGAACUUGACCCGGAAAAUUCAUUAUCCGGGUUUAUGGAUCAUGUUCCAAUGAAUUUAAGAAGAUGGGCUUGUUAUCCAAUGUUAUUUGGUCGAAUCAGAAGAAAUUUCAAGCAUAUAAUAUUAGUGAAUGUGAAAGAAAUUUUCGUACUCGGUGAUUCACCGAGUCGAAUCAAGAAUCUGAGUCAUGACUCAGUUCUUGUUUUUCGAAGAAAAAACUUCGAAAAAACUCAUAAAAAACAGGCAAGCCCAGAAAUUAUCAUGGGUGGAUUAAGAGGAAUUCGAAGAUUAUCGAAUGCAAUGUUAAUCAAAAUCAUUCAAGAAUCGAUGCAACACAAGAAGAAGAACUCGAUUAACGAGUCAGUUCUGUUCAAUCAACUCAUUGGAAAUGAGUUUAUGACGAAGAAUGUUGAGUUGAAUUUGGACGAGUCAAUUGUAGAACUGAGUUCACUCAGUGAGUUUGAUAAAAAAUCAGGCAUCAUGUACCUCAAUCCACGCGAAUUUUUUGCGUCAACAACAUACGUUGUUAUGUAA